AUGAUGGGAGAUCUUUUGUAUCAAAUUGGAUUUCCUUUAAUGUCUUUAGAAACCUUUUGGAAGGAAGUUGCCGGGGACAACAUUUUGACAAACCAAGAAAAAGAUCAAAUUUCAAAAUGUAUCGUAGGGAUACCUUAUGGAGAUACAAUGCCUUUCUUAACAAUUCGUAAGAAAAAGGAUAUAGCUAUUUACAGAGGCACAACUUAUCAGGAUGUAUGGACUUUGAAUGGUGACAUAGACGCCAUCCAGUUUAGAGUCAAUAAAUCUUUGCACAUGCGUGGAUUAAUUUUGCUGGGAAGUUAUGAAACAAGUCCGUACACAUACACAAUAGGAGCAAAAAUAGUAGACAGUGACAAUGAAACAGUAGCAUGCUUUUCAGAGCAAUCUGUUACCAACACUGAAAGAGAAUUCCAAAUAAUCUUUGAUAAUCACUGCUUACUUAAAGCAAACCAGGAAUAUACAAUCUGGUUAAAGAUGAUUGGUCCCCAAAGCUACGCGGUGAGCAAUGGUCAACCCUGUGUCACAGAAAAUGGCGUCAAAUUUACUUUUAGGGAUAGCGAACUGAGUUCGAACAGCACCUCUACAACUAACGGACAAAUUCCUGGACUUCUUUUUAGUACAACGAUAACACAUGACUUGUGUUAA